UCAAAAUAAAGGCACCGUAUGUCCCUCUGUCUCUCUGCAGACAGCUCUUCAACCAAGAACAAACUCUCAACAUACACAGGACAAACACUCCUGUCACAAACAUAUUAUUUGGGGUGAGGAAUUGUGUUGUGGACAGCUCACUGACCGUACCCAUGGCUCUACUGAAGUCAGGCUGGCUCUGGAGACAGACCUCUAUCCUAAAACACUGGAAGCUGAAUUGGUGUGACCUGUGGAUCGAUGGAACCCUGGCCUUCUACAAGACGGACAGUAGGCGAGAAUUUGAGCACCGAGUGGGCCUCAAGACCAGCUGUGUGAGCGUCAAGUCUGGCCUGGAGUGUGCAGGUCUCUCUCCCCCAGAGAACCACCCCAGGGAAAACCUGGUGGUGGUGCAGCUUAAAGACAGUACCACAGUGAUCCUGUGUGCCAACAGUGAGGACGAGGCACUAGCGUGGAAAUUGACAAUUCUAGAGGUGAGACAAAACCCAUUUGUGUAUGACCCGUAUAAUGACUCCUACCCGUCCGUCCCAAUGGACGGCCACAACACCAUCUACCUGGCUCCUGGAUCAGGUACCCACCACAUACUGAUCCAGAGAGACCCAUACGAUGGCAUAGGAGAACAGGUGGCACUGGGGCUACUGGCUGGCAUGGCGGCAGGCGCUGCUAUGCGCUCCUUUCUCUGGAUGCCCUUCUUUUUCUGCUGAUAUAGAAGACCUCUAUAAGCAGGGAGGCACGGCUGGGAAACUCCCAGGCUCAUAUAUGUAGGAGUGCUGCUGUAGGCAUCACUCCUAAAAGUCUUAUUUUCUUGUCAUCCUUGAGUAAAAGUAAUGAUACCUUAAUAGAAAAGGACUCAAGUAAAAGCGAAAGUCACCCAAGAAAAUACUACUUGAGAAAGUCUAAAAGUAUUUGGUUUUAAAUAUACUUAAGUAUCAAAAGUAAAAGUAAAAGUAUACAUUAUUUCAAAUUCCUUAUAUUAAGCAAACCAGACUGCACAAUAAAAAAUAAAAAAAACUUUUAUGGAUAGCCAGGGGCACACUCCAAAAAAUAAAUAGUAAAGUACAGGUACUCCAAAACACUACUUAAGUAAUACUUUAAAGUAUUUUUACUUAAGUACUUUAGACCACUGCCAUUGCAGAAUAUGGGUGCACGUGUUUGUGUGUGUGUGUAUCAUCAUUUGUUGUACAUUUGUCCUUAAUGACAUAGGCUAAAUUCACACAGCAUAUUUAGUAUGAAUGUACAGUACCCGUCAAAAGUUUGGACACACCUACUCGUUCCAGGAUUUUACUUUAUUUUUACUAUUUUCUACGUUGUGGAAUAAUAGUGAAGACAUCAAAAC